CUGACAUGGGUGAACUGUGCCAGCGUGCGCUGGGCCACGCGGGUGCAGGACGUCUUCACGGCUGGGAAGCUGCUGGCCCUGGCGCUCAUCAUCAUCAUGGGCAUCGUGCAGAUCUGCAAGGGGCACUACUACUGGCUGGAGCCGCGACACGCCUUCGUGGCCUUCGCGCCGGUGGACGUGGGCACAGUGGCGCUGGCGUUCCUGCAGGGCUCCUUCGCCUAUGGCGGCUGGAACUUCCUCAACUACGUCACCGAGGAGCUGGUCGACCCCUACAGGAACCUGCCGCGGGCCAUUUUCAUCUCCAUCCCCCUGGUGACCUUCGUCUACGUCUUCGCCAACGUGGCCUACGUCACCGCCAUGUCGCCCCAGGAGCUGCUGGCCUCCAACGCCGUGGCCGUGAGCGUUUGGGGAGAAGCUGCUGGUGUUCAUGCCUGGAUGCAGCCCCAGUCGCCUGCCUCACCCCACAUCCUACAUGGCCCGGACCAUCAAGGUCAGCCUGUUCUUCCCCGCCUCUACCUGCUGUUCUGGGCCUCCUGCUGCUCUUCAGCCUGGGUCAAGCCAGUGGUGUGCGGCGUGGGGCUGGCCAUCAUGCUGAGCGGGGUGCCCGUCUAUGGGCUGGGCGUGCCUGGCGCCACAGCCGCCCGCCAUCUACGCCGGCUGGCGGCGGUAACUGCAGGUGGCAGAAGCUGUGUGGGUCGUGUCCUGAGAUGGAGCCCCCCAACCCGAGCGCACGGAACAGCUGGCCCUGUGCAACACUGGGCCCCAACAGCCCCACGACUGAGCCCCCCGCCCUGCCAUGGACUGCGCCCACGUGCCCACGGCGCCUGCCAGGGCCUGCUCACUCAUGGCCCCCACCCGCCCCAGGACCCCCGCCCGCUCCCCUCUAUCCGCUCCCCAUGA